UGAUCACCUCCGACACCGACUGCAUCGCCAGUCAUAGUCCCUUGUUCGUUUGCUCCCCCAAACCCCCAGUCCUAACACAAUUCCAACAUCCUCCAAUUCCAAUAUCCUCAAUUGCAACAUCCUCCAAUUCCCAGCGCCCAGUCUACAGCAUCAUGACUCUUCUUGGCUAUCCCUCGCCCCCCAUCUCUCGCCGCCCUUCGCCGCCGCCGUCCUCGGUCAUGGAUUGCUAUCAACAGCCAACCCCGACCUCGCUCUGCGAUUCCGUCUCUCGCGACCUCCGCUCGGCCCUUGCCGUAGACCAGCCCGACUCGUCAGAGUCGUCUCCAUCCCCCGUUGCCUCCCUUCGCAGCCUGGACUCGCUGCCGGGUAGCCUUGAUUCCGACUCGUCUGCAUGCUCAUCCUUUGCUUGCUCGCUCGGCCCGCUCGUCGUGCCCUGCAGCGUCGUCGAUUCCACAUCCAUCGAUGCCCUGACGUCCGGUCUGCCCUUCCCCACGGGCCCGGCUCCGUCCCCCCCGCUUGUGCCUGUGUCGGCCCCUGCUCCGGCUGCCUCUGGCCGGAUUGCCUCGUGCCGGUUCACUUCUCAGUCAAGCUCGACGGCCAGAUGCGCCGGGCUCGCGACGGUCCCCUCCCAGAAGGACCGCAAAAACCGCAAUCCGCAGCGAUCCAUUGCGCGUCCUCUCCGGCCUGAUGACUCCGAAGCUUGCAACACCGACACCUUCAGGCUCGAUUUCUACUCGACCUAUCUAAUGGAUCCCUCCUCGCUGCUGCCGGUCAAGCGGCGAAAGGGCAUCGACCGCUCGAUCCUCGGACCGGCCUUUGAGUUCAUGCAUCCCCAGCACGAAUGCUCGUCCACAAAGGCUGCUCUCGCCGAGUCAUGCAAGCCCCGGUCGGUCCGCCCACACGCCCCAUCCGUCAAAUCCAUCACCCACUCCUUCGAGAAUGUCCUGGUCUUGCCGCGAAGGGCCAGCCACGGCAGUACAUCCUCGGGCGACGAGAGCAGCUCAUUCCAGUCCGUGCCCAAUCUGCAUCGCAACAGCGCAGCCUCAGCAGCCUCUCUGUCUGGCGUCCCUGCGGUGCCGAGCGAGGUCCCCGAAUCGCUGUCGCUGUUGCCCUCCGACCCAGCCUCAAUGGAUAUCGAUGUCCCAGCGGCUCCUUUGUCGGUGACGCACCAGGUUGCGACCCUGUCUGCAGACGAUGCAGGCUCUGGAACCGAAGGCGAUGCCGACCCGAGCUCGUCGCCAUCAUCGCCUGGCGCCGGGGCCUCGACACAGCCCUGCUCCUCCAAACGAGGCUUCGUCUCGCCCGUCGUCCCCAUCAUCAACCCCAAGAUGCGCGGCAGCACCAUGAAGGGCCAGAAGCCCCUGCCCGACUUUUUGGCCAAGCUCUUCAACCACGAGGGCCAGGCGCUGAAUGUCAACAUGUCCGAUUACAGCGACACCAAGGGCGCCUCGGCCAUCGUCUGGAAAGGCUCGCCGCUAAAGAUCCCGUCGUCGUGCGAGCACUACGACGACCUGACGAUGGAGGAACUGCGUUCUUGCUCGGUGCUCCGCAUCUAUCCGGCGCAGUAUCUCCACAUCAAGCAGACGCUGCUCGCCGCCGUCAAGGCCAUCGGACCCUUCAAGAAGCGCGAUGCCCAGGGUUGGUUCCACAUCGACGUCAACAAGACCAACAAAGUCUAUGACUGGUUCGUCUCUAUCGGCUGGAUCCCGACCCAGGAGGAGUGGGAGUCCAGAAUUGCCAGCAGCGGCGGCGCAACCCUCAACGAGCGCAAGCGCAAGAACAGACUCAGCAAGUCAUGAUCGUCGUCUCAGCGCCUCGACAGCGACGACGUCCUGUCGCCCCCUGCACCUGCACUUCGUGGCGAUUGCAGUGACACGGGGGAGCUCUGAGCUCCUUGGAU